UUUGAAAACCGAAAAUGACGAUGGCCCUUAAUUUAUAAACAUGAUUUAAAUUUUAAAUGAAUAAAAAUAUUCCGCAUUAACUCGUGGUUGGCUGGCGGGUAAUUAACAAUGAUAUCACCACACAUCACAUGAUUAUAUUUAUAAUAUUAUCUUAAAUCAUGAUUGCUCAUAUCACAGAAUAACUGUGAUAUUAUCAUAAUCAUUGCCGGUAUCCAGAAUAUGGUCGGAUUUUUCUCUACAAUUUCAAUAAUUCAGAUUUCAGCCAUUUCAAUUUUCACUUUUUCAGGUCUACAGUAAACAGUCUUCUGGAUAUUGACUACCGUUCACUUUAAAUUUCUGCAACUUUAGAUUCGUAAUCUGACRUCUGUUUAGUAAAUUAAAUUUUAGAUAUUAUAGUAUUGUAGAACUCCAUAGUCCUAUUGGUGAAUAAAUUAAUYWGCCCGCAACUUAUAAAAUAUUAUUGUAACUCUGAACUUGAUUAAUAUUAAUUGACCUCCAUCAUGAGCAAGUUUAAAAUAACAUCGGAUUUCAUAGUUAACGCGUUGUGCACUGUGACCAUCGGUACCGGUGCUAUUGAAUAUAGUUCAAACAUAAUAUUUAACGAUUUAUUUGUCAAAUACUUUAAAGAAGCAAACAAAAAUAAUCAACCAGUUGCUUUAAGUGACUCUUUGAGAAAACGACUUGAUGAUGUAAUUCAAGACUUAAAAUUAACAGAUUUUAAAAAAGCUUUUGUUGUACCAUUUACAGCUAAAGGAAUUUAUCCAGUAAAUGUUGGUUGUUUGAAUACUCGUAUGGGUAGUUAUAUAGGAAUUCCAAGCAUUUAUGAUCUUAACUCUGCAGAUGAUAUUUCUAUUCUAAACGCUUCAGAUUUAAAUAUACAAGAACAAUAUGCAAAACUUAUAAAUGACAAGUCUGAAUUUGGACAGCAAUUUGUGAAGUCGUUAAUCUUCAGUGAACGUGCUAAAAAAUAUAGUAUUGCUCGAGAAUUGCUGCUUACAGAUAAUCAUCGAAUAUUUAUUAAAUCUGUUUUAUCUUCUAUAGUACUAAUUCCAAUGUAUGCUUUGGGAUUUUAUGUAUGUAAUGGAUUGCCUCUAAAACCAGCUAAAAUUAGGGCGUUAGCACUUGUUUUAUUAAGUAAUAUAGGAGUAUUUGUAUGGUUUUUAAUACGUACUGCUACUGAGAACUUUUAUCAAAAAAAAGCCGAUGAAAAAGUAUGUAAUAUUGGUGAAGAAUAUAUUAAGGGCGGCAUAGAAUAUUAUGAAACAUUAAUUCAAAGAAAUCUAGCUUUAAGAAACAUUUUACCAGAUGGUGAAAACAUGUAUAAUAAACAAGGAAAUCAAAUUGAAUUUAUUUCAGAAUUAUCUGAACUACCCCUUACAUACAGAAAAAAGUAUCUUGAAAAUAGAUUAAAAGAUUGUAUAAAUGAAAACAAAGAAACAUCAACAUAAUUUGWUUAAAUAUUUCAAUGCUAUUAUUUGGUUUUUUAAAUUAAAACUAUUUAAUUUUUGCUUAAAAGAAUUUAGUUCGUAGACAUUUU